AUGGUACCUGCUUACUGGUACUGUUACAGCGCUGACUCCGGCCGCCAGAGCGCGCUGUCAGAGCCGCACAUCAACAUCCGGGGCACGGCCAUCUCGGUCAGUGUCGCUCAGGUGCUCAGCAGCAAAACAGCGGCGUUUUUAACUAAAUCCACGGCGUUUCCUGCGACCCGACUGCCAGGUGAUCAAUACUCUGUAGCGGCGGAGGCGUCGGGCGCAGCGAUGAGCAGCAGCAGCCACCCCCUGCGGCCGCGGAGCUCCGUGUCGGAGAUCGAUCAUGUGCAGCUGCUGGCGGAGCAGCUCGGCUCGCUGCUGGCGGGACUGCAGUACAGUGACGUCACCUUCCUGGUGGAGCACAAGCGCUUUCCCGCGCAUCGCGUCAUUCUGGCGAACGUGUGUCUGGUGUUCGCCGUGGCCAGCCUGUCCUCCCUGAGCGCCCUCGCCGCCGCCUGCUGCUCCUACAUGGACCGACACGCUCCGGACGUCCUGCUGUCAGACGGCUUCAUGACGCUGUCGAAGGCGGCUCUGCUGACGGUCGUUCGGCGGGACUCUUUUGCGGCCAGCGAGCGGGAGAUUUUCCAGGCUCUGGCCCGCUGGUGUCGGCAGAAUGGCGAUGGGACAGACACACAGGAAGUGAUGUCAGCGGUGCGUCUGCCGCUCAUGAAGCUGACCGAGAUGCUGAACGUGGUGCGUCCGUCGGGUCUGGUUAGUCCCGAUGAUCUUCUGGACGCCAUCAAGACGCGCUCGGAGAGCCGAGACAUGGACCUGAACUACCGCGGCAUGCUGGUUCCUGAGGAGAACAUCGCCACGAUGAAGUACGGCGCUCAGGUGGUCAAAGGCGAGCUGAAAUCGGCGUUACUCGACGGAGACACGCAGAACUACGAUCUGGACCACGGCUUCUCCAGACACCCCAUAGAGGAGGAGGGACGCGCCGGGAUCCAGGUCAAACUCGGCCAGGCCUUCAUCAUCAACCACAUCCGCAUCCUCCUGUGGGACCGGGACAGCCGCUCGUACUCCUACUACAUCGAGGUGUCUGUGGAUGAGCUGGACUGGGUUCGAGUGGUGGAUCACUCCAAGUUCCUGUGCCGCUCCUGGCAGAACCUCUACUUCUCUCCUCGGGUCUGCAGGUACGUGAGGAUUGUAGGAACACACAACACCGUCAAUAAAGUCUUCCAUCUGGUGGCUUUCGAGUGCAUGUUCACCAGCCGUCCUUUCACUCUGGAGAAGGGGCUUGUGGUGCCCAGUGAAAACGUGGCCACCGUCUCGGCAUGUGCGAGUGUGAUCGAGGGAGUGAGUCGCAGCAGAAACGCCCUCCUGAACGGAGACACGCGCAGCUACGACUGGGACUCGGGCUACACCUGUCAUCAGCUGGGCUCCGGAAACAUCGUCAUCCAGCUGGCACAGCCCUACAUCAUCAGCUCCCUCAGGCUGUUGCUGUGGGACUGUGAUGAACGCUCGUACAGUUACUACAUCGAGGUGUCCACCAACCAGCAGCAGUGGACCAAAGUGCUGGACCGGACCAAAGUGGCCUGCCGAUCCUGGCAGGUGCUCAGCUUUGACAAGCAUGCGGCGGCGUUCGUUCGGAUCGUGGGAACUCACAACACUGCCAAUGAGGUCUUUCACUGUGUGCACUUCGAGUGUCCCACGCAGCUGAAGGCUGAGGGCAGCCCAGGACCCGCUCCGUCCCAUCAGACGAGUCCGAGUCACAGGUGAUGCUCCUCAGGAGGUCCUGCUGACUGCAGAUCACACACUCUUCAUCACCAUCAUCACACCUUCGCUUUCUGAAUAACCCCAUUUACUUCAUUUGCAUUGCCCAGGUUUUAAUGGUUGAUUCUGUUGUUUUAUGUGUUAUUUAUUAGAUUGUUUGCUUAUUGUAAAUGUCAGUUGAUCUGAAUCAUAUUUAUUCAAAUAAGAACUUGUUUUCUCUUGUAAUAUAUUCAGUUUUGGCGAUGGCGUUGCACUAUAGCAUUGGUAGUGGACUGAAACACUUAUUUUUAAUUAGAGUUUCAAUUAGAUCCAUCCAAACUAUUAUUAAUCAUCCUAUCUGAUCCCAACUGAAUCCAAGUAUACGUGAUAUUUUACUCCGCUCAGUGUUGUACUUCUAGCCCUUUUUAUGUAUGGUAGCAAACACACUAGAAAUAAUAGUUUGAUGCUGAGCUGUCUGAACGUCACUGGUCUUCCAGAAUCUGUGUGUUUGGUCUGGGCUCUGAUGCUGCUCGGGACACACACACACACACACACACACACACACGGUUUGUAAGUCUGUAAAUAGGCUCAGUCAUUUUGAAGCUGUGCGUGUUUCUCUGGGUUUGUAUCUGCUGAACUCAAUAAAGUGUUGGUUUCCUAAUGUGCUCGCUAAUGAUUUACAAUAUUUUGAGUUUAGCAAGUGGCUGGCAACCCCCUGUACUGUGUUGAUCAGUCUACACUGAGUCAGUCUUUAGGGCAGAUU